UUGUGAGUCAAAACGGUAUCCCCACUUGGCUUCUUGACAAGAGAAAGACUCCCCACCCACACUGUUCCAAUCCCCAUUCCCAAAACUCUAAUCCGAAGCAAGUCAAGCACAAUUCCAGGACUCACUCUUCUUAGAAAUUCCGCGGAGGUGGAAAAUCCAAUUUCCCUCCAAAUUCCCUUUCUAUUCAUGAACCAAUCGACCCCUCCUCCUCUGCGAUUUUUCUCUUGAAAAGGUUGCUUCUUGUUCAGAAGUUUGCCUGGUGGGCAGGCUUUGUUGUUGCAAAAAAUGGGUACUACAUUUAACCCGCAGAUUCUCAUGGAAAAACUGUCCAAGCUCAACAGUUCGCAGCAGAGCAUCGAGACUUUAUCACAUUGGUGUAUCUUCCAUAUGAACAAGGCAAAACAAGUUGUUGAAACAUGGGAUAAAGAAUACCAUCACUCCCCACGUGAGCAGCGACUGUCUUUCCUGUAUCUCGCGAAUGACAUUCUGCAGAAUAGUAGACGAAAGGGGUCAGAGUUCGUUGGUGAGUUUUGGAAGGUCCUUCCCAAUGCGCUCCGUGACGUAAUUCAGAAUGGGGAUGCGUCUGGUAGAAAUGCUGCACUGCGGCUGGUCAGUAUUUGGGAGGAAAGAAAAGUUUUUGGCUCUCGAGGGCAGAUUCUUAAGGAGGAGCUUGUAGGAAAGAACCUCGAAAGUAGUAAUCAUGGAAAUGGCAAGGACUCGGGAUUGAAACUGAGACAUUCUACUGGAAAUGCGUUGGAUCAAAUUGUUUCAGGUUAUCAAGUUCUUUAUGGUGGCCAACAUGAUGAAGAUGCUAUAUUGAGCAAAUGUAGAAAUGCUAUUAGUUCAAUUGAGAAAAUAGACAAGGAAGUUGGGGGGGACAUUAACUUGGGUAAAAUUAAUGGCUCUGGCAUUGUGGAAGAGCUUCGAGGGCACCAUGCUUUAUUGAGAGAUUGUAUUGAACAGCUCACAGCAGUUGAAUCAGCGAGAGCAAAUCUUGUGUCUCAUCUGAGAGAAGUUCUUCAGGAUCAGGAACUCAAACUUGGUCAAGUCAGCAAUCAACUUCAGGUGGCUCAAUCCCAGUCAGAACUGGCGGGUAACUUAUGCGGACAGUUACUAAACACCAAUCCGCAGAUGCUGGCUGAGCAGAGUAUGAAGGAAACUCAUACAUCCAACGCAUCUCACAAUUAUAUAAGGGGAAAUGGAGAACAACCAGCUCCAGUAAUUUACACUCGACAGUUGCCUUCUGCUGAGAAAUCUGGAGGAGAAGACUCCAAAGCCGCAGCAGCUGAAGUCGCGGCCAAACUUACGGCAUCAACAUCCUCAGCCCAGAUGCUAACUUAUGUUCUCUCUUCUCUUGCAUCGGAGGGCGUACUUGGCAAUCCUAUGAAAGAAUCUUCGGGUGAUAACUACCCUGCUGAAAAGAGAACUAAACUUGAGCAUGAGCACCACUCCUCUUACAUUCCACUUGAAAAUCCUCAACCACCACUUCCUCCAGAUGAACAACCACCUCCACCACCAUCUCCGCCUCCGUUGCCGCCACUGCCGCCUAUGCAUAUGUAUCCAGUGCCUCAGUAUGGAUCAAUUAGUGUUCCAUAUGGCUAUCCACCACCAAUGGCUGGUUAUCCCAUGGUAGGGGCUCCGAUCAACGGUGGGUCACCCUUUACAGCUCCUCCUCCAUAUAAUCCCUACCAGAGUUUUCAGGGACCGGAAGGUGCUUUCUAUAUCCGGCCAGCAUCCGUGCCAAUGGCACCAGUCUCGAGGCAGUAGGAGUACCCGUUUUGUUUGGUGAUUGCAAGGAAAACAUUUUGGGUGGUAAUUGAGGCAUAAUGGAAUACAUGAACCGUUCUUUGUUGCCCAGCACUGGAAGUCUGAUAGUAUAUUUCUUGCAAUUGUGCCUUAUGAUUGAUCAUCCACAGGACCACAGAAAUAGAGUUUGCACAUAUUAGGUACAUGUUUGUAUUCCAUAGUAGCAAUGCAUUUUAAAUUUAUAGUGUUGAAAUAAUGAUGUAAUUCAGUUGUACAAGAGGAGUUGGUUUGAAGAUGAUAAGUUUAACCAUGUUGAUCUUGGAUUCAUUCCUGAUAA